AUGUCUACUUCUGAUACUGCCAAUGCAAAGUCAUUAGACGCAGAGGGAGAGGCACAUUCAAGCACAAAUGAUACAUAUACGGCUGAAGCUCCAAGCUCAACUACGGCAACGGAAUUAAGGGCUAAAUUUUCAACUACAAAAUCAUCUAAAGCUAAUGCUACAACUACAAAUACAGCUACUCCCCCGGGAUCAUCCAAUCUCUCGAAACCCCCUAGGACAAGAAAAACGCAGUCUUCGCCGCUAUUGUCGUCAACACCGCCGCUGGUAUCAAAAGCACUAGUCAAUGCCUACCCUUAUUUAAUAAUCAUAAACAAAAUUUUGUCAGUUGCUACAUGGACCAAUGACAACUUUUGGGUGAACAUUGUUGUUAUAUCCAUAUAUGCUCUCGUGGUGUUGUAUUUCGAAAACUUGGUAACGUGGCUUGGACAUUUGAUCAUUGCAGCAAUAAUUACUCUAUACGCCUUGUUGAACAACAAAAUCAUUCAAGAAGCAAACUUACAUCCAACUUUGGAUGAAGUCGUACAAGCAUUGAACUCAACUUGUGUUAAAGCCGAUAUGUUGUUGUUGCCAAUUACUUCACUUUCCUUGACUGCUCAUGACAUCAAAAGAUUAUUGUUCACCACUGUAUUCUUAACCCCUGUAUAUUUGAUAAUCACAUUUUUAUUCAUCAAGCCAAGGAUCGUUUUGUUAUUUACCGGGAUAUUCAUAAUGACUUAUCAUUCCUCAUACUCAAUUGUGAUUAGAAGAAUUGUAUGGAAAAUAAAGUUUGUGCGCUUGGUGUUCUUCUACUUAACUGGUUUGGACUUGUCGCAAACUAGGAAUCAUUCACUAUUUGCAGCUGCUUUUGCUAAAGUUCAAAGUAACAAUGCUGAGAAUCUUGGUAAUGAGGCAUCAAAACCAGUGCGCUUUACUUAUGUUAUUUAUGAAAAUCAAAGGAGAUGGCUUGGUAUUGGCUGGACUAGUAACUUGUUAUCCUAUGAGAGAACACCAUGGACAGAUGAAUUUCUCAAUGAGAGCAGCUCAAUUGAUACUUUCAAACUUCCAAAUACUUCAAACAACAGCGACAUUUCACUAGUGGGGUCAAAUAUGAAUGGUGCAACUUGGAGAUGGGUAGACAAAGCAUGGAGAUUGGAUUUAACCAAUGACGGCGCAAUCACAUUACCAGCGUCAAAGCACUCCAAAACAACUGCAAAUCCAACAGCAGACGAAGGCUAUAUUUAUUACGACAAUUUGUGGAAAAAACCCUCAACUGAAGAUACAUUUUCCAAAUAUACCAGAAGAAGAAGAUGGAUUAGAACUGCAGAAUUAGUAUACGAGAAUGCCCCUAACCAAGGAGGUGUGUCAACGGAUACGACAAAAUUGACAAGUUCUGGUGAUUCGGUGAAGGCUACAGGUACAGAUUCAAGGAAAAACUUGAGAUUUGCUGCUGACGUCUCGGUGAAAGACGAUGAUGAGAAAAAGGAGAAGGAGAAGGAGAAGGAGAAGGAGAAGGAGAAGGAGAAGGAGAAGGAGAAGGAGAAGGAGAAGGAGAAGGAGAAGGAGAAGGAGAAGGAGAAUAAAUUGGAAACGGAGUUGACCGAUAAAAAGAAUCUAUAG